CUUACAUAAAGCAUUGCGGGAGGCAGCAACUCGAGACUUUGAGUUUGGCCUUCACAAGCCGUUGUAAAUAAGAAAAGAAUCUCACUUGGACUACCACCACCACGGCUCGAUCUUUGGCUUCUUUGCAGGACACGUCUCUUUCCGCCUUUCAUCUUGUCUCUUUUAGGUUUCUUUGCAGCCGGGAUCAUCGACAACAAAGACAACAAACAAGGUAUUCCUUGUUCACCCAGCUCGGCAACUGUGUCUGACGAAUAUUUACUCUCGGCCACCACCGCGAAUGCUAUAAUCUCACGUUUACCCACCAUGGCACCAGUCUUACGAUCCACCCAAUCACCUGCUAAACCAACAUCCUCUGGCAGCAACAGUCCUGCCACUACCCCACGUAAAAUCCCGCAAUGCGCUCAGUGUGGGCGUCGUAGGGCGGGCCACCCUCGCCAAGGCUGUCCAUACGCCGCCGCGGCGAAGGACGAUGGCCCGUCUGAAGAAACCAAUAUCACCAGUGCACUUGGUUCAAUGAAACUUCAGACGUCCCCUGCGCCCCACGAUACAAACGCAGCCGCCGCUGCCGCUGCAGGUACUUGGGAACUAGAAGACACCCGCGCCGCGGUUCGCCAGAGACGCCGACGCGAAUCCACUCAACGGGCAACCACCGUUCCUGCCGAAAGCAUCGCCUCCAUAUCCUCGUCUUCGAGCGAGAUUCUCAAUUCGCUGUUACAUCGUACCGACACUGGGGAUGAAGAUGAAAGGUAUAGGAAAUCGGUUGUCAGGUGGCAGGACGCGCUUAAUACGCCGAAAGCCAAAUCUCCGAAGAGUAGAGCCAAAGACAGGGCCAUGCCUUGCACCUUCCCGGGAACAGGUCCGUCUGUUGCAAGCGUCGCUCCUCAUCCAACCGUUCUGGAGGUACCACUCACCCCAAAGCCGAAGAGCGAAGAGCCCAUGUUCGAUUUAUCGGCUGUUCCACCUUCCGCCAAACCUCGCACCUGCAGUAUGUCUUCCCUGCAACGCAGCUCCUUCGUCGACAGCCUUAACAGCCGCUACAAGCAAACCACCGCGUACCUCCUUCCGAAAUCUGACAUCGUCGAAAUAGAAGCUGCUGCGUUGAAACACGGGUUUCACACGCGGAGAAUCACUUCUAUGGAGUCGGAGAAUGAAGAGCAGGUCCUUGUUGUGGGACAGGACCCGGUGGAUACUCAGAAGUUUUGCGCGACGAUUGAAGGACAGGCCAAGCUGUUGGCCGAUAACGCUAAGGCAGAGAAUGAUAGCGGACGAAGAAGCAGUUUGAAAACAGUUGCAGGUGCGGCGGUUGUUGGGGCCGUUGCAACGUUCACUGGUUUGGCAUUUUCUUGAUCUUUUGGACAUUGUAUUUGGGUUGGAAUGAUGCGUUUGGACUGUAGGUCAUGUCUUGGAGAUUGUUGUAUUACUACUACAUUAAAUGAUGUUUCGUUCUUAUUCUUGGUGCAUGCAUAUCUAUUUGGGCGGAACGGCACCGGUGUGCGAGGGAGAAAACAUUCUGAUACA